AUGUGGCUGCUGCGGCCCCUCCUCCCCCGCGCUCCCCUCGCAGCCCCCGGCCGCGCGCCGCCGCUCGCUCGCUGGUCCCCGCGCAGGCCCUCCGGCGGCGGCGAGGCGGCGCCGAGGCGGAGGAGCGGGCGGCGAGGCGACCGCGCGGAGGCGAGCGGGCGAGGCCCGGCCGGGUGGCCGCCGCCAUGAGCGGCUCCUCGGGCACCCCGUACCUGGGCAGCAAGAUCAGCCUCAUCUCCAAGGCGCAGAUCCGCUACGAGGGCAUCCUCUACACCAUCGACACGGACAACUCCACCGUGGCGCUCGCCAAAGUGAGGUCCUUUGGUACUGAAGACCGUCCCACAGAUAGGCCUGCCCCCCCUAGAGAGGAGAUUUAUGAGUACAUCAUCUUCCGGGGAAGUGAUAUCAAAGAUAUUACUGUGUGUGAACCUCCGAAAGCUCAGCACGCGCUCCCGCAGGACCCUGCUAUCGUUCAAUCUUCCCUGGGCUCGGGCUCGGCCUCCUCCUUCCAGCCACACGUGCCUUACAGCCCCUUCCGAGGGAUGCCGCCCUACAGCCAGCUGGCCGCCAGCUCCCUGCUUAGCCAGCAGUAUGCCGCUUCCUUGGGUUUAGAAAAGUUGGUAAGCCCUCCAGCCUCAGCCGCGGCUUCCAGCCCUAGUUCUUCUCCAUCUCCACAACCUGUUUCAGAGCUUGACAUGUCCUCAGAGCCACAUCAGCUCACUUCCAAGGGAGCUGUCUUUCCAUCUGUCUCAGUCGGCAAGAGCCCCAUGGUGGAGCAGGCCGUCCAGACUGGUUCUCUUGAUAACCUGAACACCAAGAAGCUGUUACCUGGCAAGAGCACUGUGGGGAUGCAGCUUAAUGGGCGCCCGGCCCCACCGGGCAGCAAGACCGCCAGCGAUGUCGUUCAGCCGGCAGCUGUGCAAACUCAAGGGCAGGUGAAUGACGAGAACAGAAGACCUCAGAGGCGGCGAUCAGGGAACAGACGAACAAGGAAUCGCUCCAGAGGGCAGAGCCGUCCAACUAACGUCAAGGAAAACACAAUCAAGUUUGAAGGCGACUUUGAUUUUGAGAGUGCAAACGCCCAGUUCAACCGAGAGGAGCUGGACAAAGAAUUUAAGAAGAAACUGAAUUUUAAAGAUGACAAAGCUGAGAAAGGGGAGGACAAGGACCUGGCGGUGGUGACCCAGAGUGACGAGGCCCCUGCAGAGGAGGACCACCUGGGACCCAACUGCUAUUACGACAAAUCCAAGUCCUUCUUUGACAACAUCUCCUCUGAACUCAAGACCAGUUCCAGGCGGACAACGUGGGCUGAAGAGAGGAAGCUCAACACGGAGACCUUUGGGGUGUCGGGAAGGUUUCUUCGUGGCCGUAGUUUCCGGGGUGGAUUUCGAGGGGGCAGGGGCAACGGUGCAACCCGUCGUAACCCGACUUCCCACAGAGCUGGGACUGGAAGGGUGUAAGGAGGCGGCCGAAGGCUCUUGCCGGAGCAGUGCAGACGCCAGGCUGUGUCUACGAGGAUGUUGGAAAACGCUGCACUUACUGGGGAGACGUGGUCACUUUGUUUACUGAGUUUGGAGAAUUCCCAUGCUACUACUUACGUUUGGGACUGAACUGAACUAGGGCGUGGUCGGAGUUACAACCACUUGUUUGGGGGAAGUGUGUAUGGGAAACCUCUUUGAGGUAUUUGGCCUAUUUUUCCUUUUUAGUUGUACACAGCCUGAUUUGAAGGUUUUGGUAUUUCGCAGAAAGGUUUCUAGAACGAAAGCGUGAUCCUCAUGUUGUGACCUUUAAGGACAGCUUUGACUUUAGAGUGGAACCAAACCUCAUUUGGCAAGUGUGCAGCCAAGCGUGUCUGUGUAACUUGCCUGGCUGCCGGCCUGGCACCCCCACUGUUGCGGGUGGGACCUGGGAGCCAGGUUUGGCCAGCACAGGGGCAUGUGGGGGCAGGGGGUCUCAGGGCAGGGAAAGUGGGGUGUCCCAUGGAUCAUGACAUAGAAGCAAACCAGAUGACCCUGACACCCCAAGCGACGACGUCAAGGUAGCAGGCUGGCGGGGGGGGGGGUGUCCUGGCGGUGCAGGAAGGGGGCCUGAACGGGAGCUGGGAGCUGUCGCUCGGAGUGUGGCUUCCACAGGAACUGCCGUUGGGGGUGAGCGCCCAGGACCAGCCCCUCUGAGGCGUCCCUGCCCUGCCAGUCCCUGCCCGGGCCAGUCAGUGUUGGAAUCUGGCCGAACACCGUUUGGUGUUUCAUCCACUUGGAAAUGAGCCAGUCUUUUUUUUUUUUUUUUUGGCGAGGUCAGCUGACCGAGAGCAUAUUUCCUCUCAAUUGUGAAUAGUUCUGUUUUUGUUUUACUGGUGGGUGGAGGGAGGGUGGGGAAUAUAAAUUUGUUGCAUGAGCACAUGGGUCAGACCUUCAGUAGCAGCAUGCGGCCCUCUGCCUGACAGGGCAUUGUGGUGAACAUAAGCACCUUGGUAACUAAACCCCUUUCAAUAGGUAUAAAGGUUUUAGUUCUGUAUUGAUUAAGUUACUGUAAAAGCUUAGGUUUAUUUUUGUAGGACUUAAUGGCUAAGAAUUAGAACAUAGCAAUGGGGCUGCUCUGUUGGAGUAAUGGAAACUUGUAAUUAUAAAUAAACAAGCAAACCUUUAAAAGUC